UGCUUUCCAGCUAUGCUGCAUACAGUCUCUUUCUUUUUUCCCCCAGCUGCUGCAUGAUUCACGUUACUCACAGAGUAGACAUGCACAGGAAAAACAGCAUUUGGAACUUCAUGUCAAGAACAAUAGUUAAGCUGUCCAUACGCUUUAAGGCUUUCUAGGGACAAGCUUAAUUAGGUGUGAUAAUGUUGCUAUGUUGUUGCUGUUUACCGUGGAGUCAUUAAGGACUUAAACUCGAGGACUUGUUGGUUGGAGUUGUGGAUUUAUUCUAUAUACGUGACAGGAUCUUGGCCAUGUCACUCCCAGAGGAGGAUCUUACGUGCCCAGUGUGCUGUGACAUUUUCACAGACCCUGUUCUGCUGUCUUGCAGUCACAGCUUUUGCAGGGGCUGUCUAAAGCACUGCUGGGACACGGGGAUACGAGAGUGUCCAGUUUGUAGGAAAAAAGCUUCAAAGUGCAACCCUCCAUCCAACUUGGCGCUAAAAAAUGUUUGCGAGGCUGUUCUUCAGGUCAGGAGGCUGAGCUCAGUGGAAGGGGAAGACAAGGUGAACUGCAUUCUUCAUGGCGAGAAGCUGAAACUCUUCUGCCUCACUGACAAACAGCCCAUCUGUGUGGUGUGUCAGUCGUCCAAACUGCACAAGACCCACGACUGCUCGCCCAUAGAGGAGGCACUGCUGGACUGCAAGGAUGAACUUGCUUUAUCCCUCAAGAGCCUGCAAGAAAAGCUGGACAACCUCAAAAGAAUUAACAUGACGUCCAAUAACACACUAAUGUGCAUCAAGAGUCAGGCACUGGAGACACAGAAAAUGAUCAAGAACCAUUUUGAGCAGCUGCAUCAAGUCCUCUACCACGAAGAGUCGGCUAGAUUAGCUGCUGUGAAAAAAGAGGAAGAAGAAAAGAUAGCAGGGAUGAAGGAGAAAAUUAAAGAGCUUUCAGCCGAGGUGACGUGUCUGACGGAGACCAUCGCCAUCAUACAGGAACAGCUGAAAGAAGACGAUAUGGUUUUGUUGAAGAAUUUUAAAGAAACACAAGACCGAUGUAAAAGCAUAGUGCUUGGUUCAGAGAACAUGUCUGGGCUGCUGAUUGAUGUGACUAAACACCUCUACAACCUCAAGUACAGAGUCUGGGAAAAAAUCCUGGACCAUGUUGAUUAUACUCCCAUAACCUUAGAUCCAAACACAGCACACCCUUGCCUCAUCCUGUCUGACGAUCUCACUUCCCUGCACUACUCAAAGCAGCCCAGUGUAUGCCCUGACAACCCAGAGCGCUUCCAUAUGAGUGCUGAAGUGGUAGGCAUGACCGCACUAGGCUCAGGAAGUCACCACUGGGUUGUGGAAACAGGAAGUAAUCAUGACUGGCUCCUGGGUGUUGCCUCCAUGUCUGUACCGAGGAACACGGAGAUCUCUGCCCGGCCCAAGAAUGGCUUCUGGACUUUAUGUUUCCGGGAUGGAGACCUGAGAGCAAUGACCUCCCCACCCAGCCUGCUGACAGUUUCUAGAACACCUAAGCAGGUCAAAGUUCAGCUCGAUUACAACAAGGGAACGGUGUCGUUUUUUGACGCCACUGACAACACACUCUUAUAUGCAUUUACACACUCCUUCACUGAACCUUUAUUUCCAUAUUUUUAUACACAGAGCAGUCAUCCAUUGCGAAUACUGCCAGAGAGGGUGCUUGUCACAAUGUUGCGGCAAUAAGUGGACGACUCAUUUAUUCUUUAUCAAGCGAGAAAAUGUAAUCCCGGGAUGAAAUGAAUGUCAAACUAUCAAAGUGGGGAGGAGUGACCUGCUGUAAUGUUACCACUGAAGCAGUCAUUUUACUGUAAUGAGAAUAUUGCUCCUUCUUCAGGCUUGAUGUAUACUCACUGGACACUUUAUCAGGUACACCUUGCUAGUUUAAUGUCGGACCUCCUUUGGACUUCAGAACUGCCCUAAUUCUUUGUGACACAGAUUCAACAAAGUGCUGGAAACAUUUCUCAGAGAUUUCGGUCUAUGGUGACACAAUAGUGACACAAUAGUUGUUGCAGGUUUAUCAUCCGUGAUUCAAAUCUCCUGUUCCACCACAUCCCAAAGGUGCUCUGUUGGACUGAGAUCUGGUGACUGUGGAGCUAAUCUGAAUACAGUGACCUCACUGUCAUAAAACCCAAUCUAAGAGGUUUUGAACUUUGUAAUAUGCUGUAAUAUCCUGUUGGAAUUGGCCAUCAGCAGAUGGGUACACUUUGGUCAUAAAGCACUUUGAGCGCUCCAGUAGAGUAGAAGUGCAUUAUAUGAGAACCAGUCCAUUUACCAUAAAGGGAUGGACAUGGUCAGCAACAAUACUCAAGUGGGCUGUGGCAUUUUAACAGUACAAAGUGUGCCAAGAAUAUUCCCCACUGAACCGUUGAGACAAUGCAGGAUGGACCCAUGCUUUCAUCUUAUAUUAAAUUCAGAUCCAACCAUGUGGAUGUUGCAUUAAAAGUCAAAACUCAUCAGACCAGGCAUCAUUUCUCCAAUUUUCUAUUGUCCAGUUUUGUUCAGCCUGUAUGAAUUUUAGCCUCAGUUUCCUGUUUUUAGCUGACAGCACCUAAUGCAGUCUUCUGCUGCUGUAGCCCAUCUAAUGUGUGAUUCUUUGAGUUGCUGCUUUGAACUGAAAGGAAAGGCUUACUGAUGCAAUAUAAUCCCUUUUCUUUUGGACCAUUCUCUUUAAACUCUAGCGAUGGUUGUGUGGAAAAAUCCCAUUAGAUCAGCAGUUUCUAAAAUACUCAGAAUAUCCCAUCUGGCACCAACAGCAAUCCCGUGUUCAAAGUCACUUAAAUCACCUUCCUUUCUAAUUCUGAUGGUCAAGUUGAACUUCAGUAGGACGUCUUAACCAUGUCUACAUACCCAAAUGUAUUGAACUGCUGCCAUUUGAUUGGCUGAUUAUAUAUUUACUUUAGCAAGCAGCUGAACAGGUGUACCUAACAAAAUGUCCAUUGACUGUAUGUGCAACUAAAGAUAGAAGAUGGUUAGCUUGGGACAAAGCUAGAAAAUUCUACCCUAUCUUUAUCUAAUGUACAAACACAAUACAUUUUGGUUAAUUGAUUUAGUUCAAAACCACAAGUAUGAGAGUAACUGAUAACUUUACAGGGGUAAGUAGUGUGGAAUAAUAACUUUCCAGAGACCCCAUUAGCUGCUUGUUAUAAAAACCCUUUUAAAAUGAUGAACUGUAAACUUUACAAUUAGGCUUUAUGUUGGGAUUUAAAGAGGAUGAUAUAACAGGUCUUAAUAAUAAGUUUUAGAGGUGUUGGGAGACAGAUUUAGUUGUUAAGAUGGCUUUUUCAAUUGGUUUGUAUGCUAUGUCUGCUUUAUACAUUUGAGCAUGGCAUGAAUGUUCAUUCAGUAGGAAAGCAAAUAUAGAUCUGUAUAAAACGCAUUUAACUACAUUGAAUAAAAUCAUAUGUAGAGUUUU